CGCUGCGCCACAGAACCAGGAAACUGUUUGAUUUGUGGACAACUUCAACUUGUGGCUUAGUGCUGAUUCGAGGCGUGUUGUGUGUAGCGGGAAACUCUGAGCGAGAGUAACUAAUCACUAUACUGUCUUUCGAAAAGGAUUGGGACUUUUUACGCGUUGAUGUACAACGCCAUCCAUCGUAUGCAGAAGAGAUACCAUGCUAAUUUCUACCUCCAUUCCACAGUCAUACAAAUAGUUGUGUAUGUACAGACCUAUAAAAAAUAGCUCUAUGGUGUUGUAUUGAAUAAUAUGCGGGUACCGUGGUUCUUGUGUGAAAUUCGGGAGAGACUGACUGAAACGGAGUAGUGUGUCCACUUUGCACGGGCUGGUUGGAGAAAAAGGCUAGUAAGAAUACGGAUCCACGAUGGGGGAUCGCGUGGGUAGCCCCGGGCACCUCUGCCGGUGCUUUCUCGCUAGCAUCUCCCGGAGGAAACAGGUCCCGCAUCCUCCUACGUGCGGUGGGGAGGUCCAGUCCUCAUCUGCUGCUGGGUUGCGGUGUGUACCGUGUAAGUUAGCACGGUAUGGUGUCGGGCACGGAGGAUCCCUCGCUAUUGGUGUCUUCGUGAUUGUGGGGUACGUGACGGGGGAAGUAGCCGGUCCUUCGGCGUUGCUGAGUUUGGUGAUUGCCUCCAUUGCGUGUUUGAUAUCGGGUUAUUGUUACGCCGAGUAUACGUCACACUACCCAACCCGUUCACUGCCUGCCACUGCCUACCAUUAUGUCUACAUGCUCUCUGGUGAAUUCCCGGCAGCCGUCGUUGGUUGGAGUCAGAUCAUCACCUACAUCGCGGUCUCGUCACUGCUCGGCCGAAAUAUCAGCUUCACUUUUGACUACCUCAUUGGUUACCCCAUUCAGAACUUCACUGCAUCCACCCUUGCCGAUACCACCACGCAGUUCAUCCCGAAACCAGACUUUUUAGCCUUUGGCGUUGUCAUGUGUGUGGCAUUCCUGGUCGCUUUUGGCGGGAAACCGGCAUCGCUUUCGAAUGCUGUUUUCAACGUGCUGUCAUGUUGCGUGGUCAUAGCGAUCAUCGUUUUGGCGGGAAUUCAGCUCGCUCAGCAGAAUGUGGAUUUAGACGCCGUUAUAUUUCCGGAGGGGCAUAAAGGGGUGUUUCAAGGAGUUGCCCUUACAGUGUUUCUCUUCAGUAAUUAUGACGUCAUCUCUACGUCAUCCAAAAGGUUUACCUCUUCACCCAGUCAAACCUCCCACGCACUGGCCAUAUCGUCCAUACUGAACUUGGUGUUUUACCUUGUGGUUGGUAUGUUUUGCCUCUUGGUGGCGCCCUUCCCAUGGACGCCCGUCGAUCCAUUUCUUCCGAGUCUCUUUAAGUCAUACUGGGGGAAGGGAGCGAUGUAUGCUAUUGGAAUAAGUAUUAUUGUUUGCCUCGGAUCCGCCCUCUUUAACAACAUGUGCUCGUUGGUGUACAGCGUGUUCCUGAUUGGAAAUGAUGGGCUUGCGUUCCGGUUCCUGGGCAAGCUGGUCUCAAGGCUACAGUCCCCGCUGUAUUCCGCAUUAAUCGUCGGAGUCAUCACCGGAACUCUUAGCAUCAUCUUUCAGGAGGAUGUUCUUCUUGAAUUGAUGGCGAUAGGUCUCUUGAUCAAGCAGGUGGCCGUCUGUACAUACACUCUCUCCUACCGCUACGUUAAAGUUAAGUUAGACUUGAACGAAAACAGUGAUCUCGAAGAGAUCUUGAAAAACGGUCACGCGAAGCAGCCUGAUGAAGCGGAGGCCAAGACAAAAACUGUUCAGAGAAACGGGGGCCAUCAUCAUCGCCAUCAGAAACACAAGUCGAAAGAGAAGAACAAGCGCGGUGUUAAGUCCGAGGAACGCCAACCCACAAUGGCGGGUGACGCCUCUCAGAUCAACGGUAAAACGGUGCAUUUCCUGGACGACACAUCGGACAGCUCCGGUGUCUCGGACAUUGGGGAGACGGACAUCGACGCCAUAGUCGAGGAGUAUCAGGAGAGAGCGCGUAUUGCUUCGAUGACGCACUUUGAGAACCCGAACAAUCACAACAACAAGACCAAAACGAAAUCUCCCAGUGCGUUUUCGUCGGCCGUUGCCGUUGGCUUCUCCGUCGUGGUGUGGUCGUGUGCUACGAUCACGUCCGCAAUCUUAACAUUCCGUCUAUCGGACCUCAUUGAAGGAAACCCGUGGACGAUUGCAGGGCUGGUUGUCUUCGUGGUAACUGCGUUGCUGUCGUUGCUCGUGAUAGCAUUCCAACCUCACCGUGAGGUCAAGCCAGCUUUCCAAACAUCACUGUUCCCGUUACUGCCAUUUGUGGGGAUUUUUCUGAAUGUGUUUCUAAUGUUUUCUAUUUGCGCCGAAGCCUGGACUGUAUUCGGCGUUUGUAUCUUUGUCGGUUUGGCCAUGUAUUUCUGUUACGGGAUUUGUAACAGCGUUGAGGCAAGGAGAUUCUCAAUUCGGCAUCCAGACGAGGAACGUAUACUCCUUCCGUCCAUUCCCGAACAGGCCAUGCACGAAGAAUUCCUAAACGGGCAGAAAUCAAAGCGACGAAAUAUUGGAUACCGAGAUUUUCAUGAGGAGCCGUAGCCAUGGUAACAGUUGUUUUUGUUCCAAUGGUAAUUUUGAUUUUAAAAAAUGUGUCCGAAAAGGUUGUAAAUACUGGGUGCGUUCGUUUAGCUUCC